AGACAAAUAUUAGGAGGAAGAGACGGAUAGAGAGUUGAUCAAUCAAUUAGAUUGAUCAUCAAUCAUGUCUUACCUGCGCAAAAAAUCCAUGGAUUUUCUCAAGACCUUCGACGUGCCGGCGAAGAAUCCGUCGGAGGAUGCGCAACGCCGGUGGCGGGAGGCCGUCGGCACGCUCGUCAAGAACAGGCGCCGGCGUUUCCGCAUGGUCCCCGAUCUCGACAAGCGAUCCCAGGCUGAGACGCAACGCCGCAACAUCCAGGAAAAGCUUCGCGUCGCGCUCUACGUGCAGAAGGCCGCUCUGCAGUUCAUCGAUGCUGCCCGCCGGGUGGAGCACCCGCUGUCGGAGCUGGCGCGGCAGUCGGGCUUCUCCAUCAGCGCCGAGGAGCUGGCCUCGUUGGUGCGCGGCCACGACAACAAGAGCCUGCGCCUCCACAAGGGCGUCGAGGGCCUGGCCCGCAAGGUGAACGUCUCCCUCGCCGACGGCGUCAGAUCCGACGACGUGGGCGUCCGCGGCGAGGUCUACGGCGCCAACCACUACCCCGAGAAGCCGGCCCGCACCUUCUGGAUGUACUUGUGGGACGCCAGCCAGGACAUGACGCUCAUGCUGCUCGCGCUCUGCGCCGUCGUCUCCGUAGUCAUCGGCAUCGCUACCGAGGGCUGGCCCGGGGGCAUGUACGACGGCCUCGGCAUCAUGCUCACCAUCUCCCUCGUCGUCACCAUCACCGCCGCCAGCGACUACAAGCAGUCGCUCCAGUUCCGGGACCUCGACAGGGAGAAGAAGAAGAUCGAGAUCCAGGUCACGCGCGACGGCUUCCGCCAGAAGGUCUCCAUCUACGACAUCGUCGUCGGCGAUAUCGUCCAUCUGUCCAUCGGCGACCAGGUCCCGGCGGACGGGCUGUUCGUUGAUGGCUACUCGUUCAUCGUCGACGAGUCGAGCCUGUCCGGCGAGAGCGAGCCGGUGCACGUGUCGGCCACCAACCGGUUCCUGCUGGGCGGGACCAAGGUGCAGGACGGGUCGGCGAGGAUGCUGGUGACGGCGGUGGGGAUGCGGACGGAGUGGGGGAACCUGAUGGAGACGCUGAGCCAGGGCGGCGAGGACGAGACGCCUCUGCAGGUGAAGCUCAACGGCGUCGCAACCAUCAUCGGCAAGAUUGGGCUCGCCUUCGCGGUGCUCACCUUCACCGUGCUCAUGGCGAGGUUCCUCAUCGGCAAGGCUGAUGCACCAGGCGGGCUGCUGACAUGGGGGAUGGACGACGCGCUGUCGGUGCUCAACUUCUUCGCCGUCGCGGUCACCAUCAUCGUGGUCGCGGUGCCGGAAGGCCUGCCGCUCGCCGUCACGCUCAGCCUGGCGUUCGCCAUGAAGAAACUCAUGCAGGAGCGCGCUCUCGUGCGGCACCUCUCGGCGUGCGAGACCAUGGGGUCCGCCAGCUGCAUCUGCACCGACAAGACCGGCACGCUCACCACCAACCACAUGGUCGUCGAGAAAGUCUGGGCUGCCGGCGGGGCGACCACGGUGAGCACCGCCAAGGGCUUCGAGGAGCUCACCUCGUCGGCGCUGUCGGAGGGGUUCGCCAAGCUUCUUCUGGAGGGCGUCUUCCAGUGCUCCGGCUCCGAGGUCGUGCGCGGCAAGGACGGAAAGACCAGCGUCAUGGGCACGCCCACCGAGUCGGCCAUCCUCGAGUUCGGGCUCGGGGUGGAGAAGAACACCUGCAUCGAGCACGCGGCCGCCCCGAAGCUCAAGGUGGAGCCGUUCAACUCGGUGAAGAAGACCAUGGGCGUGGUGGUCGCGUCCCCGAACGCCGGCGGCCGGCCACGAGCGUUCCUCAAGGGGGCCUCCGAGGUCGUGCUCCGCCGGUGCAGCAACGUGGUCGUCGACCGCCACGGCAGCAUCGUGGCCCUGACGGAGAAGAACUACGGGAAGCAGGUGGCCGGCGCCAUCGACACGUUCGCGUGCGAGGCGCUGCGCACGCUCUGCCUGGCGUACCAGGACGUCGCCAGCGAGAACGAGGUCCCCAACGACGGUUACACGCUCAUCGCCGUGUUCGGCAUCAAGGACCCGCUCCGACCAGGCGUGAGGGAGGCCGUGGAGACCUGCCACAUCGCGGGGAUCAACGUCCGCAUGGUCACCGGCGACAACAUCAGCACGGCCAAGGCCAUCGCGAGAGAGUGCGGCAUCCUCACGGAGGACGGCGUCGCCAUCGAGGGUCCCGAAUUCCGGCAGAUGAGCCCCGACCAGAUGAGGGCGAUCAUACCAAAAAUCCAGGCACGUAUCUCCCAUACCAUUCUCCAUGCUCUGCUUCUUCUAUGGUGACACUGUAUGCUUGGUGUGUCCUGCAUGCAGGUGAUGGCGCGGUCGCUGCCGCUGGACAAGCACACGCUGGUGACCAACCUGAGGGGCAUGUUCAACGAGGUGGUGGCCGUCACCGGAGACGGCACCAACGACGCGCCGGCGCUGCACGAGGCUGACAUUGGCCUCGCCAUGGGCAUCGCCGGAACAGAGGUUGCCAAGGAGAACGCGGACGUGAUCAUCAUGGACGACAACUUCUCCACCAUCAUCAACGUCGCCAAAUGGGGCCGCUCCGUGUACAUCAACAUCCAGAAGUUCGUGCAGUUCCAGCUCACCGUCAACGUGGUGGCCCUCAUGGUCAACUUCGUCUCUGCAUCCUUCACAGGGAGCGCGCCGCUGACGAUCGUGCAGCUGCUGUGGGUGAACCUGAUCAUGGACACCCUGGGCGCGCUGGCGCUGGCGACGGAGCCGCCGAGCGACGCCAUGAUGCGGAGGCCGCCGGUCGGCCGGGGCGACAACUUCAUCACCAAGGUCAUGUGGAGGAACAUCGCCGGCCAGAGCAUCUUCCAGCUCGUCGUGCUCGGCGCCCUCCUCUUCAGAGGGGACAGCCUCCUGCACAUGAACGGCGACGGCCAACUGCUCAACACCUUCGUCUUCAACACCUUUGUCUUCUGCCAGGUCUUCAACGAGGUGAACAGCAGAGAGAUGGAGAAGAUCAACGUCUUCAGCGGCAUGUUCAGCAGCUGGGUCUUCUCGGCGGUGGUCGGCGCCACCGUCGGGUUCCAGGUGAUCCUGGUGGAGCUGCUGGGGACGUUCGCCGGCACGGUGCACCUCAACGGGAGGCUGUGGCUCCUGAGCGUGCUCAUCGGGUCGGUCAGCCUGAUCAUCGGCGCCGUGCUCAAGUGCAUCCCCGUCGGCUCCGGCGACGGCUCGUCGGAUCGCCACGACGGAUACCAGCCCAUCCCCGCCGGCCCCGGCGCCGUCUGAUUUUUCAAGACCUUUUACCGUUGUUUCUCUCUAGGAAGAGGAAAAUAUGUUGAUCUUUUGAUUGAAUACGAUCUUUGCAUGCAGCUUCAGUUCAGUGUAGGACGCGCCGGAACAUACUUUGCGGCGAUUACCAUUCCAAGAGAUUUGAGUUUCUUUUUUGCCAUUGUUUGUUUUUUGUGCAGUCUAGCCAAAGAUGAUCAUGAGUUUUCAUAAUAUGAUUAGAUAUCAUGUAUGCAGUUGAUUAUCAUGUAUACACCAAGGUGGAUUGUUGCUACAAGUUCAAACUUGUUACGAUUGAUGUAU